AUGUCUGAUUUCACACACCCUCUUAUUAAUAAUGGAUGGUUUAAAGAAGUAUCCGAUGAAUUAUUCCCAGGUCAAGCUUUAGAAUUAAAAGUUAAAAAAAUAUUACAUACUGAAAAAUCUGAAUUUCAAGAUAUUCUUGUUUUUGAAAGUACAGAUUAUGGUAAUGUCUUAGUAUUAGACGGUAUUAUUCAAGUCUCUGAAAGAGAUGAAUUUGCAUAUCAAGAAAUGAUUACACAUUUACCAAUUUUUUCUCAUAAAGAUCCUAAAUCAGUUUUAGUUAUUGGUGGUGGAGAUGGUGGUGUUUUAAGAGAAGUUUUAAAACAUGACUAUAUUGAAAAAAUCGUAUUAGUGGAAAUUGAUGAAACUGUUAUCCAACUAAGUAAAAAAUACUUGAAAGGAAUGGCUAUUGCUUUUGAAAAUCCAAAAAUUGAAGUUAAAUUAUGUGAUGGAUUUAAAUAUUUACUAGAAUUAGGUCAAGAAUCAAUUGAAAAUAAAUUUGAUAUUAUAAUUACAGAUUCUUCAGACCCAGAAGGUCCUGCUGCUGCUUUUUUCCAACAACAAUAUUUUAAAUUAUUAUAUAAUUCAUUAAAUUCAAAAGGGAUAGUUAUAACUCAAGCAUCAGAAAAUGUUUGGUUAAAAAUUGAGUUACUAAAAAAUUUGAAAAAUACUAUAAAUCAAGUUUUCCCAAUUGUUAAAUAUUCUUACACCACAGUACCAACUUAUACAUCAGGUCAAUUAGGUUUAAUGAUUGCAUCGAAAGAUCCUAAUGCAAAAUUAAAUAUCCCUGAACGUUCAUUAUCUGAAUUAAAAGAAGAAGAAUUAUUUAAAUAUUAUAAUAAAGAAAUUCAUAAAGCUAGUUUUAUUUUACCAAAUUGGGCUAAAAAUUAUUUAGAUCAAUAA